AACAUUGAUUAAUCACCUGUCAGAUAAGGUGGCCACAAUCUCUCUAUAAAUGUCACUGCAGCCAGUGUCGUGCCGAGCCGAGCCGAGCCGAGCCGGGCUGGUGGAGAGAUGAUCUCACUCGUGGUCGUGACUUUGCUGGUGGCUGGUGCUUGGGGAUGUGGGGUGCCCACAAUCCCUCCGUUCAUCUCCAGAGUUGUGGGUGGAACGGAUGCUGUGCCUCAUAGCUGGCCAUGGCAGAUCUCUCUUCAAUAUCUGAGAAAUGGUGAGUGGCGCCACACUUGUGGAGGUUCUCUGAUCGGCAGUAACUGGGUGAUGACUGCAGCCCACUGCAUCAGCAAGGACAAGUCAUAUCGGGUUGUUCUGGGGAAGCAGAACCUCAGAGCUUCUGAACCAGGAUCUGUUGCCAUUGAAAUUGCUCCAGGAAACCUGUUUGUCCACGAGAAGUGGAACCCAAUCCUCGUCACUCUUGGGAACGACAUUGCGCUGAUUCGGUUGGCCAGCCCUGUGGCGCUGAGCAGCGAGAUCAAGCUCGGCUGCAUACCUACAGCGGGCAGCGUGCUGUCAAACAACUACCCCUGCUACAUCACGGGCUGGGGUCGUCUCUACACCGACGGGCCGAUAGCCGACAACCUCCAGCAGGCCCUUCUGCCAGUCGUUGACCAUGAAACAUGCUCCAAGAUGGAUUGGUGGGGCUUUGGUGUGAGGAAGACCAUGGUCUGUGCCGGCGGUGAUGGCAUUGUUGCCGGCUGUAACGGGGACUCCGGUGGACCACUGAACUGCCAGGCGGCUGAUGGGAGCUGGGCGGUGCACGGAAUCGCAAGCUUUGUCUCCAGCCUGGGUUGCAACGCCAAGAAGAAGCCCACCGUCUUCACUCGUGUGUCUGCCUACAACGACUGGAUUGCCCAGAUUAUGGCGAACAACUGAUGCAAGACUACAUGGAAGAAAUAUUAUUAUUAUUAAAUAGGCUUUUUGCAGUUAAACAAAGAUCAAUAAAAGUGUUUGCUUGUAAGUGUUAACCCUUGCUUGUAAUUCA